AUGCAGGCCACACAUGCUUUCGAAUGUAGGAAAGAGUCUUCCGAAGCACGGCUAUGGGCUGCUUGGGAGUCGCUUAGUCAUACGCGCCAAGAACUAUUGAGGACACAACGACGGUUCAAUCUUGAACGAGAAAUCACAGCACUACAACGGCUCUUGAAUCUGCAGAGAGAAAUACUUGUGGAAGUGGUAAGAAGUUUGGAAAAUUUUAAAGGAAGAUACAUUUCUUUCGCUUCCUCUCUAGCAUCCACUACGGCGGCUAUGCCCAUUACUGAUAUUCAGACCGGAGAACUAGAUAAAUUGACUGAUUGUAUUAAUGAAUGCUCCCGCAUGAUAUCGGGAAUCCUUGAAAAUUAUCAAGUGAAACUGCCUUCGAUGGAUGAGGUUGCCCGCUCGUUGCGAGAUAUAUGUGCCAACAUGAAAGAAGAAGCUGAAGAAAUCAACGAAUGCAAUGCUCUGCUAAAGGCAAUUGUUGACGCAGAGACAAUGGAGCGUAGUCUAAGAAUUCAGAAAAUAGAGGCUGUUGCCAAGGAUUACCAACCAGCACGCCUGGACUAA